AUGGUGCUUCCACCCCCAGAUAAGCGUCACGUAUGUCUUACCACCUUUGUUAUUAUGACCAGCAUGGCAUUCAUGGAUGCUUAUCUGGUAGAGCAGAACCAAGGGCCUCGUAAAAUUGGUGUCUGCAUCAUUGUCCUGGUAGGAGACAUUUGCUUUCUGAUUGUGCUGCGCUAUGUGGCGGUCUGGGUGGGGGCUGAGGUGAAGACAGCCAAACGGGGCUAUGCUAUGAUUCUUUGGUUCCUCUAUAUCUUUGUGCUGGAAAUCAAACUGUAUUUUAUAUUCCAGAACUAUAAGGCUGAUAAGAGAAAUCUGGAGACAGUGGCUAGAAAGGCACUGACCUUGCUUCUCUCCAUUUGUGUGCCAGGAUUGUACCUAGUGCUAGUAGCCUUGGACAGCAUGGAAUAUAUACGUACCUUUCGGAAGAAAGAGGAUUUGCGAGGGCGUCUCUUCUGGGUGGCUUUGGACUUAUUGGAUAUCUUAGAUAUUCAAGCCAACCUGUGGGAGCCACACAAGACUGGUCUGCCAAUCUGGGCAGAAGGACUCAUGUUCUUCUAUUGCUACAUACUGCUCCUGAUCCUGCCCUGUGUUUCCUUGAGUGAAAUUAGCAUGCAAGGAGAGCAUAUUGCUCCCCAGAAAAUGAUGCUCUACCCUGUCCUGAGCCUGGUGACCAUAAAUAUGGUUACCAUAUUCAUCCGAGCCAUUAAUAUGGUCCUAUUUCAAGACAGCAGAGUCUCUACAAUCUUUAUUGGCAAGAAUAUAAUUGCUAUUGCUACCAAGGUCUGCACAUUUCUAGAGUACAAGAAGCAAGUGAAGGAGUUCCCACAAAAUGCCAUUGCACUUGAGCUCCAGCAGAACUCAGUGCCCCACAAUCAGACCCUCCACAGUACACAAGGCCUUCCUCAUGAACCAUCCCCCACCAGGGAGAUUUUGGACACAUGA